UUUCAUCCACAUGAUCUUAGGAAAAGCACCCUCUUUUAGUAAUCUGCGUCUUGUAAUUUCAAGAAUUCUUUGUAUUUCCACCUGAAAAGUUGGUUACUUGUUUAGCAUCAACCUUUGUCCGCGAAAAUCAUGGCGAGUUUGAAAUCUGGGGUUGUUGUAAAGUUACUUGAAGAAAUGAAAAUGGGUGAAAAUGCCAUAGUAGAAGAUAGAAAGCCAGCAUUGUUACAAAUCAGAAGCAUAAUUCCUGUUCUAGAAGAAGGUAAUCUCUUGCCCAACAGAGGAUUUUACCUCAAGAUUUCAGAUGCAUCACACGCAAUUUAUGUCACCUUGCCCCAAGACCAAAAUGAGCUAAUUUUAGGCAACAAAUUAAAACUAGGACAAUUCAUUUAUUUACAAAAAUUGGAGGAUGCAGAACCAUUUCCAUUGCUCAAAGAUUUUACGCCUCUCCCUGGUAGGCGUCCAUGUGAUGGAACCCCCGAAGAAAUUGAUUCGGUUCCAAAUUUGGAAAAAAAUCUUGAUGCAUCCAAUUCUGAUUUUAUUGUUGAAAAGGGUGUCAUUUCUGAAGAAAAUAUUAUGGAUAUAUCAUCUUGUUUAAGAAGGUUAUCUUUAGAGUCAUCUGAUGUAGAAGAAGUGAGGAGAAAAAGUAGUAAUGUUCUUGAGGAAAGUACUAAUAAAGGCAAGUUUAGGUCCUUGAGUGCUUCGAAAACUCGUCCAGGAGUUAAAAGAUCUGAUGUUGAGAGCAGAAAUUAUAGGAGUAGGAGAAUGUCUUUUGAUAAUGAUAGCGAUACAGAUAGCACGGUAUCUUCAGUUUCAUCAUCUACAUGGAUUUCUAAGAGGAAAAGUUGGAAUGAGUUAAAGAAUUUGGGAGCUAAUGAGAUUUUUGAUUCUUCAGUUGUUAAGCACAAUAUCAAACCACCACGUUGUCGUAGUGCAACUGUUUCACCCGUUCGUUCUGUCAAAUACUGUCGACAGGUUUCACCGAUUCGUUCUGUCAAAUAUGACAGCUCAGAUGACAAUUCAAGUUCAAUAUCAAGAAGAAGGAUUGUUGAUUCUGCAAAGAAAAUAGUCAAGAGUUCAACUAAGAGCAAGAAUUAUGUGUCAAAGAUAAAAUGUGAACAGACCAUCCAUCCAAUUGAGAAACAAUGGGCAGAAAGUGAGAUUUCAUGGGAUUCACUUCCCUCAAGUUUAGUGGAGCUUGGCAAGGAGGUUGUAAAAAAAAGAGACAUUGCUUUGUUUGCAGCUGCUGAGGCUUUGCAAGAAGCUUGUGCAGCUGAGAGGUUGCUCAAUUCCUUGAGCAAAUUCUCAGAGUUUCAUUUACCUGAAGAAGGUGAUCUACAGCCUCAUAUCGACACGUUUUUGGAUCUUCAGGAUGAUAUGGCUCAAACAAGACUAAUAAUGAAGUCGCUAACAAAUAUAAGUACUCUAACUAGAAGAGAAGAAACUGGUUCAAGUAGCACUAGUGUAGAUAAUGAAGCAUCGAAAAUCACAGUGCAAAAAAAGAAAAAUGCUGCUGCAUGGAUAAAAUCAGCAGUGGCUUUAGAUCUUUCACCAUGCCCCACUGCCCUCAAUCCAAUUCCCAACACUAUGAGCAUCACCAAUACAUUGAAGAAGUCAAAUACAUCGAAUCACAGUACCAAACAAAAAAGCUCAAGCAUCAUUAAAACAGAUCAGAAUAGGAACACUGAUGAUAUUUCUCUUGUAUUGACAUCUAACAACGAUGUGCAAUCUGAAUGGACCAGGGGUAGCACUAUCGAUGUAGCUACUAACCUAGCUUGUACGUUGCAGGACGAGUGUAGAAAAAUGUUUUUGGGCUACAUAGAGAAAUAUAUAAAUGAACUUGAAAAGAAAAUGUCUUUGAUGGUAUCGGAUAAUCAAGUAGCAGCAAUGAUGUAUAAGGUCAAGAGAGUAAAUGACUGGUUAGAUUUGAUCAUCAACAACAAGGAAGGGAAUGAAAGCAAAGAAGGUUCAAAUUUGGAUGAGUUAGAAAUUGAGGCAUGUCAUAGAGUGAGGAACAAAAUAUGUGGGAUCCUACUGAAGCAUGUGGAGAGGACUACUAUGGCUUUUGAAAGUAGCAAAAUGCUCCGUUACAUCGUUGACAACUGAGAUUCAACUGCUAGCUCAAUAGAAUUGCUCCUUUAGUAGGGAAAGGUGCAGUGUACUAGUGCAGAUCAUUCUCAUUCUCAGAGAAUAAAUGCAAUACUCCUUCCAUGCGUCAACACCUUGGUCUGUAGAUACGCUGCUGUAUAUAGAACCAGUGGUAGGGCCACGUGAAGGGUGGUAAGUUGAACACCCUUCAUUAGAAAAAUAUACAACAUAUAUAGAAAGUUAUACAAGCCGAGGGUCUUUCGGAAUCAACCUCUAUACCUCCCAAGGUAGGGGAAAGAUCUGCGUACACUCUACCCUCCCAGACCCCACUUGUGGAGAUUACACUGGGUAUGAUGUUGUUGUUGUAUAUAGAAAGUUAUACAGUGUAUAUAUGUCAAAUAUUACUCUUUAUACAUAUAUAAUAAAUC